UCGACACACGCACACUUCAGUCUCGAGAAAUAACUUAAAUCGAAUGCACCACCAACUCAACCAGAAAAUAAAUAAUCAAACAAAUAAAUCAAUCAAUAAUUCAACGAAUAAGUGAACGACUCGUUGUUUGCGAAAAUAAACGGUCCAGCCCUACGAACAAAUAUCGUAGAAAAAAUAGUGUUAUGUGAAUUUUCCAAGUUGCAAUUGGAUUUCGAAAAAUGCUGAACUUACGAACAAGGCAGACACUCUCUGGAUGUCUGUUAUGGCUCCUGCUGGUGGCAGAUGCCAAUACGUCUAUUGUACCACCACCCUGGGCCAAUCCCCUGAGUAAUCCGUGCGCUGCACAACCGAGAGGAUGGCAAUUGCUCUAUUGGCCGGAUGAUGGGAAGUGUUACAAGAUUUUUCAGAUCGGUGCGCCCUGUCCGGAAACAAUGGAACUAGGUCCUUCCGCAAAAAGCGGAGGAGUGAUCGCAGAAUGCAGAUGUCCACCAGGAACUGCCCAGUCGGCCCGAGACGCCCUAUGCCAUCCGAUAUUCACAAGGGCCUCGUGUCCAAGGGGACAGUACUUUGCGCCCGUCCCAGAGUCCCUCAACGCCCCAGGGAGUAUCAGCCGCUGGGGCUACUGCAGGGAACCAGACUCCUGUGCACGCCGUGGGCAAGUGUUCUACCCCCGCGACAGCAAGUGCUACGACAAGCUGACCCGUGGCCCUUGCUCCAAGGGUCAACUCUUGACCCUGAAUGAGGACAACCUGGCGGUCUGUUCGUGUGGGAGCGAGGGCGAACUGGGGAUGUUUCGGUGGAUGGGGGAGAACCCAGGGUGCUACGAGCAUUACACGAGGGGACCCUGCAGUGAACCUGGGGAGAUAUUCUUGCCCGAGGGAGUGUGUGGGUGCAAUCGGGAGCUACCGCACUAUCACGAAGAGACGCAGAGAUGUUAUCCAUUAGGUGGAGCAGGGCCGUGCCCGCAAGGUCAGCACUUCACAAUCCCCCGUUACCAAACGCCCACAGAUGCAGAGAUUCACGGAAAAUGCGAGUGUAAACCGAAUCACGUUGAAUAUCACGACGGUUCGUGCUAUCGACUGCACACCCGUGGACCCUGUGCCCCAGGGGACAUGCUCGUAAACUCAACAACGUGCAUCCCCGUCCCCUGCAAACGUGGCCGACUGUAUUUCCCUCGAGAGAGAACUUGCUACAAGAUAGGAUCAAAUGGUCCCUGCCCAAGAGGCCAAGUGGUCCUGUACGACUACUCAGUGCGUCCCUCGAUCGAUGGAAUAAGCUACAACGGAAUCUGCGGUAACACCACCAGCCAGCGACCAUCUGAAAGACCUCAGAUGGACGAAAACUCGUGUGAGAAGUCACCAGGAAUGUUCCUCAUCAACAAAACGUGUUACAAAUUGUACACACAGGGUCCCUGUGGCCAGGGCGAGUGGCUGGUGGCCAGAAGACGGCCCAAAAUCGAUGACAACACGUGGAAAAGAGAAGACUCCAUCAACAAGGUCAGGUGCGAGUGCAGACCUGGGUACACGAGGACCUCUGAACACCCAUCAGACAGUUAUCACCCCCCAGACAUUGAAACUAACGUUCUGAGCUCCUUGGGAGAGUGCCAACCACCUGCUGUCAGGCUUGCUAAAUUCCUCAAUGAUAAAAUCAAGGUUAUAAGAUAGUUUUUCUGAUUGAAGAGGUCGGGGGGACGAAAACUCCUGGGAGGAGCCUCCAGGGAUGUUCAUCAUUGACAGAACGUGUUAAAAAUUCAAUAUACAGGGUCCCUGUGACCAGAAUAUGACUCAGGAUCGACGAAAAGAGAUCCGAUCAAUUAGCCCCUCAUGUAUAGAUAUUCCAAAUUUUUAUUUUUUUCCUCA